AUGAUCAGAUGGACUGCUGGAGGGAGUAAGGCCGCCUCUGCCUCGUCCUGCUCCGGGGCCGGGCUGGGGGCUCGUUCCGGUCGCGGGGCCGGCUCCAGACUGAGGUCCUCGACGACGACGCCCCCCCCCCCAUCUCUUCUGCCACUCCUGGUCACGCUGCUGUUUCUGUCCUCCUCCCUGCCCGGCGCGGCAUGCCACCAGCUCCGCAGAGACAGACUGAGGCUCGCUAGCCCGCGGACUCUCAGGGUCCCGCUGAACAUUUCUGAGGCUGAGGUCGUCUCCAGGCCCAGGGCCACCGGGGGCCCCCUGGGUCGGACCGGGGGGGCGCAGGGUAGGCACGUGCGCAGCUACAACCACCUCCAAGGGGACAUGCGGAGGAGGAAGCUGUUCUCCUUCCAGAAGUUUUUCCUGAGGAUCGACAAGAACGGAAAGGUCAACGGAACCAAGAGCAAGGAUGACCCCCUCAGUAUUCUGGAAAUCACAUCGGUGGACGUGGGAGUGGUGGCCAUCAAAGGGCUGAACAGCAACCACUAUCUGGCCAUCAGCAGGAGGGGAGAGCUGUACGGAGCGAGAGAGUUCGGCGUCGACUGCACCCUGAAGGAGCGGAUCGAGGAGAACGGCUACAACACGUACGCGUCGGCUGAGUGGAGGAACAAGAAGCGUCAGAUGUUCGUGGGCCUGAACGUCCACGGGAAGCCGCUGAGGGGGAAGAAGACGCGCAGGAAGAACACGGCCACCCACUUCCUCCCGAUCAUGGCGUGA